AUGUUAUCACAUGAUACACUUCAUUCAAAACAAGUUAUUAAAAUACAAGGUUUAAUAAAACAUUAUGAUUCAUUAUUAGCAAGUGGACAUGAACCUGAAACACAUACUUUGGCAGCAUUAGAACCAGUUUUAUAUGAUUUUUUUUCUUUUAUUGUUAAUAGUGUUCGAAUUGAAGAUGAUAAAUGGAAACGUCUUUCACGACAAAUUGUCGAUUUACUUCUUGCUCAUUUACAAUCUCAGGAUCAAUCACUUUUGGAUAUUUAUCCCACACAAUUAACACUAUUUGAUGUUGUCUCAUCAGUUGCAUUACGAUCAAUUGAUCCAUUUGUUGUUGCUUUUCGAGCAUUAUUGCAAGUCAUUAAUUUUUUUUGUGAAGGAAUACAUUUAGAUGAAAGUGGUCUUCUAUUAGUUUUAUUAAUUGAACAAUUUCUUCCAUUACCAUUAUAUAAACAACUAUUACCUAAAUAUUUACCAUUAAUAUUAUAA